AUGUCUCGGAAUCGCACUGAGGUAGCGCCAAUGCAAACAGAUUCUGUUCGCAGUGGAAAUACCCCACCUCAUGUUCGUCCUUUCAGUAAAGGAGCUGGACAGCAGAAUUCGCCUAAUACCAACGGUAGCGUUGUAAAUGAAAAACAUAAGCAAGAUAAUAAUCCCAGUCCUUUACUUGGGGUAAACCGUGAAAAUGGUUUUAAUAUUUCCAAGGAACCUGUCAUUGUUGAUGGCAUCCCCGACUAUUUAUCCCACCGAAAUGUACCUUCUAAGGACUUGACCGGGACAAGACCUCCGACGCGAAUUGGUGGUGACCAUCCCACAACAGGUGGUUAUAACCAACAAACAGAAAAUCCACACUGCGAGAAAGCGAAUUCCAAUCUAACCCCUACCAUCAAUCGACUCGCACGUCUCAGCUACUUCUGUUUUAUGUUUGGUUUAGCUGGUAUCAACGCCUAUUUUGGAUCCAUUUUUUCGGAUAAAGGGAUUUCCAAGCGAUUCAUAGGCUUUUUACUCACCAUUACCCCUCUUUCCAGCGUGUUGAUCCUGCCGAUAUUUUCGUUUAUUGCCGAUAAAUAUCACUGCUCGAUUCUAAUGUUGGUGAUCGCCGUAAUCGGCUCCACCAUCUCGGUUUGGUUUUUCACCACAACCUCGAACCACGCCGUUCUGAUCUCAGCCUUUGUGAUCCUUGUGAUAUGUCAAACACCAGUGAACCCGCUGAUUGACCGAAACAUGCUCGUGAUGUUCACGCCGGAGGACAAGGCCACCCGCUGGGCUUUUAUCCGCUCUUUCGGGACGAUGGGGUGCGGAGUGGGCAAUGUGGUGGCCUCCGUGGCGGCGUAUUUCUUUGGGUCGUGGUCGAUUGGGGUGAUUCAGUACACCGUGGGGCAUGUCGGGAUGCUGCUUUGUUUGUGGUUUAUCAAAUCACGGAAAAGCGCGCUCGAAUCCACGAGGGGGCCCGACGCGGUGGACCUCGAUCAGCCCGCUAACGACGACGAUGCGGAGGAAAAAGUGCGCUUCAUAGACAUGGUUCGAAUCUUAAUACGGAACCCUCGACUGUUGGUCUUUCUCAUGGCGGCCUCGGCAACUGGGAUGGGCUACAGCAUCGUCACUUCCUUUCUCUUUAUUUUCCUGAAGGAACUCGGAGCGUCGGUGAUUCUGUUUGGAGUUGCGAUGCUGAUGACGGUGUCGACAGAAAUCCCGAUUUUCCUCUGCUUUGAGUGGAUCCAAGACUGGUUCACCGAGCGCACGAUGCUCACGAUCGCGAUGGCGAUGUGGGCGAUCCGGACCGCGGGCUACUCCAUCCUGCCCAACCCCUGGCUCGUCCUCCUUUUGGAACCCUUACAUGGCAUCACCUUCGGCUUUACAUGGUUGCCAGGGGUGAAGACGAUCUCGGCGGCCUUCCCGCCGCAAUUGUCGGCCUCAGCGACGGGGGUGCUGUUCUUCUUUGUGGUGGGGCUCGGACCGGCCCUGGGCUGCAGCCUCUCCGGACUCUUGAACGACGCCGUCGGGAGCAAGUUAAUGUUCCGAAUUUGCUCCAUCACGAUGGUGGGGCUGAUUGUGGCUUACCAGCUCAUAGACCGAGGGUUGGCACGGCUGGGCUGGGAGCUCUGCGCCGUGGAGCCGGGGAGCGGGGGGAGAACGCCCCGGACGCGCGAGAACCCGUUUGGUGAGGAUAAAAAGAAGGGCCAGGUGAUAAAUUCGGGCCCGAUGAACCCAGAAAAUUCCCGAAGCGCCUCAAAAGUGCGUCUGAAAGGGAUGGGUGACAAAUAA